AUGGCGAACGUGAAGAUCAAGAAUCCAGACGCUGUCAUCUUCGACUACAAUACUAUUGUGAGCAAUGCCUUUGUUGAGAACCAGCUGAUGCCGUACUUUGAAACAGCACAUGAGGCCUACUUUGAUGCCAACUGGUCCAAAGAGGAGUGCCAGGCGGACCUGAAAGCGCUUGCUGCUGCAGCCGCUGAAGACGCCGCCGCGCCCAAGGUCGACCUGACUGCUCCGAAACAGGCGCAGAUUGACGCUGUCAACAACAUUAUCACCUUCAGUAAUUUGUUAACCAACAGUUUCCACGUCUGGUUCGAUGGCUACAAGCGCGGCAAAAUCACCACACCGGUCUACUCUGACGUUGCUGUGCACAUUCAGAAGUGGGCCACUGAGCUGAAACUCUACGUUCUCUCCAAUAGUUGGGCCGAAGCAUCCAGGAAGUUUUUGCAAAAGACCUCUAACGGCGACUUGAACGCUUUGAUUGUCAAGCAGUUUGACACUACCCUUGGCCAACUGACCUCGCCAGCCACGUACCAGAAUCUGAUUGCCAAAACCAAAGACCAGCCAGCCAACACUGUUUUUUUGACUAUGGGCAUCGAUGAGGCAAAAGCGGCAAAAGCGGCCGGUUUGCAGGUUGUCCUCGUGCUGACGCAUUCUGAAGAGGUGGACGCCAUCACCGACACGGUCAGCGACAUUCCCAUUGCUCGCAGCUUCACCCAAAUUGAGUUUGUUGUCAGCCAAGAUUUGCGCAAACAUUUGGUGGUCACAGAAGGAAACUCAGCCAGUAAUUCUAUUGCUGUCGCAUUGAAUCAAACUGGAACUGACUGUUAUGAUGUUUUUCCCAUUGGUGGACUGUUCUUAAAUGUCCGAAAUGAAAGUCAAAAAGUAGUGAACCAAGAUAAAUUUAUUGCACAGCUAAUGGAAAAA